AUGGGUAUCUGGUCUACUGUUCAAAAUCAUGAGAUGUCAUUCUUUUGAAAUCAAUGAGUCAAAGUUUACCCCUGUUAAAACGCACGAAAGAUGUAUUGGAGCUAAAGACAGUACGAGAUCAGGCCAUUUAGCAAGUGAAUUGAGAGUAUCAGUGAGCUAUUCUUUGUACUUUUCAAGUACAAUAAUCUGCUUCAGCUGGUUUUCAACUAUAAAUAUUGGGCUACUUUGUUGGUGAGCCUAUCCUGCAGUGUAGGUUUGUCAAGCAUCAGCCGCCAAUGAAAGCCACUCUGAUUUUGAAGUAACAUAAUCUGCUUCAGCUGUGCCUGACCAAGCAAGUGGCGAAUCUGAGCUCUAUGGAAUGCUUACAUAUAUCAAGGAUGAAAUGAUCUGGAUUUUGCAACUCUAAGCUCAGCAAGUGGUGCCAAAAGGAUAAUGUCUUUGAUUGGCUUAAGACUGCUCAUAUCUGUAACAUAGAUAUUUGGUGAGGUAUGAAGCGUAGGAUGAAAUAUAUGAACUGCCAAAAUCUAAACCCUGGACAAUAUACCUUGGCUUCCAUUGGGUUUGAUGUACAUCGGUAAAUGGCUAUGUGUCUGCGUCAAUUCUCCAAAGAAUGCAUCACUUGGUAUCUCCAAAACUUCCAGUGCUAAAAUUGCUUUUUGUAUUUCCUUUGCAUCCAUAGAUUUGAUAUCUACCUUAGAUGUUCAGUGUUAAAAGCUUCACAUCAGUAUAUCUUGGCUUCCAUUGGGUUUGAUGCCCAUUCCGUAGUUGUUUAAGUAACCUUAGCAAGAAAAUGCUAUUUAAAAAAAAUCUUCUGAUUCUUGGGAAUAAUUUCAUCACGUGAUCCAAAUAUCUGAUUAUGCUUCUAAGCUAAAUACUCAAAAGUAUGGCCCUAUGGAUAGUGUUCAUGUUUUCCAUGUAACACAGCCCUACUUCUAUCUUCAUGCUAUCCGUAGUCAUGUUGUGCAUGGCCCUGUAAAUAGUUUUUGCUACCACUCCCUCCGUCCGAAAAAUAUCUAGCACUAACUUGGUGCUAGAUACAUCCAUUUGAGAAAUAAGCUUCGGACAAGCUUUUUCGGACGGAGGGAGUACUAUUUUGCUUCAAGUAUCAUAGCUGCCAUAUGCACAUACUACUCAGACAGGCUCUAUAAGUAUAUUUUUACUUACUGCUAUCCUUUGUGUAUUAACAUGAUCAAUGCAUAUUAUAUGUACCCUUCUAUAAGUAUUUUUCCUUCGGAGCUAAUGAUAUCUCUGCUUUUGUAUGUGCGUUUGCCAAUGCCAUGGUUGAAUUAUUUUUUUUGUGUACACUGAAAACUGUAGGGGCUACUUACCUGACACUAAAUAUUUGCAACCCACCUAAAUAUUUAAGCAAUUUUACGUGUCUUCCAAUAAACCUGCACAACAUGAUUGCACAUUGUCCGGGCAGAUUUCUCCUCCAUUGUCAUGAUGAUUUGGCAGCAUGUUUGGAGAGAAAAAAUGACAGGAUCUUCGAUCUGAAGGCAGUGAACUUAAUGGCAAUCUGUGAUCGCAUCUCAGAGGAGAUAUACACAUACACUUGCAUUUGGCUAAGUCUGAAAGAUGGAAACCAGGGUGCAAGUCUGUGGGCAGUGGGCCGGGCACACGACCACCAGCUGCUACUACUUGUGGAUUGCUUUAGUAGCCGCAUGUUCCCGAUAUGAACUUUAUGUACUGUCAGUCACAGGGUGAAACUUCAGGUGACAAGGCUGGCGAAUCAUCAAGGUGCGAGAUACAUCAUGCGCUCAAGUUUUAUGUGCCAAGUAGUUCCCAGGACCAAAUCUUCACUCUGUUCAAAUAUCGGCAUGAUGAGGACCACGGGAACAUCCUCUGCUGCAAAAGUUUGAUGAAUCGAUCCCGUGCCCCAUGUUUCAGUCACUGCCUCCAUGAGCACGGUAACUUGCCAACUUCAGUAGGGAGAUUGGCACUGGCAUGACUACCUGACUGUCGGGUAACACCCUCCAGGCACCCAUGGACCAGACCAGGUUUUUUUAUAUACUUCCAUGUUGGGAUUGGUCCAGCAUCGCCCCCAACAGUGCACACCCAUUCUUUAUGACUAAAAAUAGUUCUGGGUGCUUGUAGUGCAACAAAAACUGCAGUUAAUAUGCAAUUGCAAAUGCCCUGAUUUCUUGCUGGGAGUAUUUGCCAGAUACUCUAAUCUUCUAAUUGCCGCCAUUUCAACCAAGGAAUGACCAUCCUUUAAAGAGAAGAGAAGAGAAAAGAAGGAAGAAAGGAAUGACCAUCCUUUAAACAGACUGUAAAACAAUGUAAUCUUGUAGAAAUUCGACCCCCCAAACUAACCCAUUGGAGAUUACUCCAUUUCUUUACGCGGUGCAGAAUUUUAAAGUGUGCUCUAAAUUGUACUACAUCAUACCAAUGACCCGACCUGGGUAAAACACUGACUUCAAAAUAAGCAGCAUAUUCUACCAUUUUUUUUUUGGUUGAGAAAACACAGAAGCCUUGUGUUUCAUUCCAUUGAGAAGGUAGAAGAGACACAGUACACACACCCAAACGGGCAGGAAAGAAAACGAUUACAGAGCGCAACAAAUUAUUAUGUAACUACGUUUGUGCCAACAUUACAAAUUAUUACGAGACCUGGUAUAUUGGCAGAAAGCUUCAAAAUUACUAGCAAACAGGAUUCGUUUAGCAUCUAUGCCAUUUGGCUAGUGACCUCAGUCGUAGAACUGAACAAUUUUGGCUAGCAACAGAAAUAACCUAAAAAAGAAAAAAAUCUAUUAGGAUGGCAAACUUCACCCACAAUGAUGUUUGCGAAUCAAUUAGUAUAACCAAAAAGAAAUAGCAUCGCAUAACAUUGAAAAGAGAUUGGUGAGCAAGGUCACAAUUCAAAACCUUGUUUAUGUCAUUGUUUGAUACGAUAUAACUGAAAAGAUGGGGACACAAUGUUGAACAAAAUAAAAGGCGCAUUGGAUCUUGUUUUCCGAUACAUGAAAAUGCCAGCUCCAAAUUAUGAGGCACCGGCCGUGGUUAUCAUGAGUAUCCAUCAAAAGAAAAAAUAGCCGAUUAAAUGAAGAACAUGCCAGUAGCCAGCAGCAUUCCACUAGAUAAUAGCUUCAGCGUGCAAUUAUGUCAAGAUACACCACCAAACUAUGCCCCUCUUAAUUAGUCAUGCUGCCAAUAAGUGGAACAUGACAAUGUGAUGGUUCUUCUCGAGGACACCAGACACAAUAAAAAAUGUAGCAGACAUGAGAUGACUUUAGUGUUCUGAUCUCCAUGCUUCUGGCAGAUCUCAAGGCAUAGUAGACAGCAUCUGGGAGAUGCAAUGGCAUGAUUCUUCAUGUCUACCAUUCAUAUGCUACAGUACAUGUUUGAACAUACCUUCUGCAUAAAUAGGCGUCAGCAGACCGGUAGAUACAUCAAGCUAUAAGCUCUUCUUUUCUGCUCCUCUCCUCAACCACAAAAUAGAGAAAAGCUUCAAGAUCAGACAUGGCUUUCCACCUAAGAUCGAUAAGUUUGCCUUCUAGGCCUCACCCCACCGGGACCGAGAUUGAAGAAGAGAUGUUGAGCCUAGAGGCAAGCAUCUCUUCCUCCACGACCAUCGGCAUGAUGUGCGAGGGUCUGAGGAGGCUUGGAGACAUCUAUAAUGGCGUCGAAGAGAUCAUCUGCUUUCCAAGCAGCCAAGUCUGUGCCUACCAGCAGAGGACGGUGUUGGAUGGAGAAAUGGACGGUUCUCUCGAGCUGCUAGAUCUAUGUGGCACCAUGCAAGAGAUCUUUGCCGAGAUGAAGGCCAUCAUACAAGAGCUGCAACUGUCUCUAAGGAAAGGGGAUGAUGCGGCUGCUCAAGCCAGUAUCCAAUCUUACACCAGCUUGGCGAAGAAGGCCAAGAAUCAUUUCAAGAAGACCACGAAGAAGAUUUCUGCAGACUGCAGGAUGGUCAUGCUCUUGGCCAAGGCCAGAGAGAUCUCUGUCUCUCUGCUGGAGUCCACACUCCAUCUCUUGUCGAAGCAAAUUGAAAUGCCUAAACGGUCUCUUGUUUCCAAGGCAUUUCACAGAAGGAAGUCAGUUUUUUGCAAGGAAGAGCAACUGUCAAAGCUAGAGUGCAGCAUCAUAGAUCUUGAGAGUGGAACAGGACAUCUGUUCAGGAAAUUAGUCCAGAGCAGAGUUUCUCUACUCAACAUCCUUAGCUCAUAAGAUACUCCCAAGUCACUCUUGACA